CUCGGUUGCCUGAAAGUCAAUCUCCGUUAAACAAAGAAGCAUCAUAGUCCUCUCUCUCCCGGUAUGCUGUGAUUGGCUGCCGGCCCUCCCAAUCAGGCUGCCGCUGAUUGGACGGCUCCUCUCCUCCUGCCGGCCGCAGACACACCGAGCAGACGAGGGAACGGCACGUUGCGGAGCGGACGUUUUCCCGCUGCUGGGGCAAGUUGGAGCAACGGGACACGGAGAACAGCGCCGAUGCUGUCACGGAGAGCAUUUGUGCGAGCUGCCAUGAGACACAGUGAGGCCGUGGAUGUGAUAAGAGAUCCCUGCACUGCUGCUUUUCAAUCACAGCCCCGACACUAGACAGAAGAGAAGUCCAUUAUCUACGAUUAAUGUCAGCCGUGUUGCGGACGCAGCCUCAAGCUGCACCGCCAGAUCUGAGUCAACCCAUGGAGGCAUGGCCUCAACGUUUCCAUCGCUGCUGCCACUGACUCCAGCCCAGUGAACAGCGAUGCCUUCUAAGGUCUCCUGCUUAUACUUGCUGACAGUGGUUUGCUGGGCCAGCGCUCUGUGGUACCUGAGUGUGUCCCGCCCCUCCACUUCCUACGUCGGACAGCUGGCUAUCCCUAUACGGCCCAAGGCGGUCAAGAACACCACUUUUACAAACAUCCGCACACGCUCGCUCAACCCGCACGACUUCGACUACCUCAUUAACGAGGACAAGAAGUGCGAGUCGGAGCCGCCAUUUCUUGUCAUCCUGAUCAGCACCACCCACAAGGAGUUUGACGCCCGUCAGGCCAUCAGGGAGACAUGGGGUGACGAAAGCUCGCUCCCCGAAAUGCGAGUGGUCACGCUCUUCUUGUUGGGCCGCAGCACUGAUGGUGUCCUCAACCAGAUGGUGGAGCAGGAGAGUCAGAUCUUCCAUGACAUUGUGGUGGAGGAUUUUAUUGACUCCUAUCAUAAUCUGACGUUAAAGACUCUGAUGGGCAUGCGCUGGGUGGCCACCUUUUGCUCCAAGGCUCAAUAUGUCCUCAAGACGGACAGCGACAUCUUUGUCAACAUGGAGAACCUCGUCUUCAACCUCCUGAAGCCCACCACCAAGCCCAGGAGGAGGUACUUCACCGGCUACGUCAUCAACGGCGGGCCGAUCAGAGACAUGCGCAGCAAGUGGUACAUGCCCCGGGAUCUGUACCCGGACAGCAAGUACCCUCCCUUCUGCUCCGGCACCGGAUACGUGUUUUCCGCUGACGUGGCCGAGCUCAUAUACCAAACCUCUUUACACACCAGGCUGCUGCACCUGGAGGACGUGUACGUAGGCGUGUGCCUCCGUAAGCUGGGCAUCCACCCCUUCCAGAACAGCGGCUUCAACCACUGGAAGAUGGCCUACAGCCUCUGCCGCUACCGCCGGGUGGUCACCGUCCACCAGAUCUCCCCCGAGGAGAUGCACCGCAUCUGGAACGACAUGACGAGCAAGAAACAUCUGAAGUGUUAGCAGGACUGUGGGAGAGCCAGGGAGGAAAUGAAUGUUCCCUUAUCACCUGCUCCUCCACUCUGACAGAUACUGCAACAUGUAGCACCGCGCUGCAGGAGUAUUGAUGGAGCGUCCAGGGGGCUUUGUCCGGGGGCUGAUUGCUUUGGGAGGAGUUUUUACACUGCAAAGCCACUCUUCCUACAAAAGAGGCACAAAGUUUCUCAAAAAAAGUGCAAAAUGUCUAGGUGGUUAGUUGUCAUUGCCAGCAGCUCCACAAUGUUUAUGGGAGAGUCUAAGACAGGAAGCUUAUGGGCUUGUGUGGAACUUCUCAUUUACACAAACUUUCCCAAUUACAUAAAUGCCAACUUUGACAUUCUGCUGUUGUGUUGAGGCUCUGAUUAUGAAUGUUCUCAUGUAUUUCUAGUGGUUGUGCUUUCUGAACAAGGUGUUAAUGUUGGAUGUACUGUCGGCACUGCAGCAGCUGCCGUCAUCGUGAGGACCGUGGUGAGUUUACAGUGGUAUUAAAAAAGCCGAAACACGUGGCUCUGAGAAAGCAGUGCUCAUGUAAUAUUCCUUUCAGAAUCAGACAUAUUUUCUUACAGAAGAUCCACACGUCUUUGUGGAAAGGUUUCCGGACAGCGUGAAGAAGCUUGGCUGCUUGCAUUCCCCAGGUGAAUGUCUGUUGAUGUGUAAUGUGCAGUUAUUUGUCACAAACAGUGCUGAGCAGGGCUGCAGACUAUUCUAUUUUCUAUUACUUGAACAUGAAGAUGUACUGUUAGAGCGGGGA